AUGAAGUAUCUUGAGUCAUGUGUGAAGACAAGGUACAUUCUCAGAGGUCAAUUGGCAAAAAUUGCACCGUUGGCAAAUGUCAAUAUCCGAGUCAACAUACCUACAGCUAAAGGUUCUUCACAUGACGACUAUGUUGUUGACAAAGACUUACCAUGGUUGAAGAUUGUAAUUGUCCACAACCACUUCAUGUUGAACGAAAGUCUUACAAACCCAUUCUUUGGUAAAAGUAAGUGCAACAUUGUCAGAGCUGUAAACAUUCUUUUCGAGAAAGGUUUGUUGGAACCAAUUCCAGAUGACAAGCUGACAGAAACUUUUGUACCAAAAGACGAAACAAACUUUUCAUUGUUAGCAAGACCAAAAGUUGUUCCAGACAAAGUUCUAGUACAAAAGAAGUACACAGUUCCACAAGGGGUUGGUAUGUUCGGAUACCAACCUGAACCAGAAGAACUUCCAAUGAGGUUGCAAGAACUUCAAGAUGCUAUAAACAAACUUCCAUUGAGA